CAAAUCGUGUUUCCGGUACGGAUCGAGUAGAGAGACAGCAGCAGUGUAGCGUCGGUUAUGCUUUACAAAAAAUAUAAGAUGAGUUUAAGCUUUUUGAUUAACAUUACCUUGUUUAAUGUUUGUGUUUAUUUUGGUUCUUAACUCGGUUUGCUUUACUAAGUUAUUUAAAAACAAAUCGGUAUUGGGAUGAAAGUCCAUCUCAGGGUCAGUCGAGUCUCGAGCUCGAUUCAUUAACCUUCAUUAAAAACAAGGUGUCUGUAUUGUAGGGUUUGUUUUGUUGCUGUUGUUGAAAAUGUCUGUCGAGGAGAUGUGUUGUGUUGUUACUGUUUCUGAAAGCAGCUGUAGUGAGAAACACCAGGCGAGUGUAAAUCCACUGAGCUGCAGUGGAGUGGUGUUAAACUAUCAGUCUGGACUGGUGCUCUGCAGCGGGCUGUUGUUUUCUCGGUUCUUACUGGAUAAAGAGUGUAUACGCCAAAACCCUAACAUAUUAAGUCCUCACAAAUUUAAUAACAAUAUCCAGGUUUACAUAGAUCAUGUAGAUAGAAAGGUAAAGCCAUGCCCAAGCGAGAGAUUCAUAAAGAAUGAGUGUCCCACAUGCCGUAAACCUGCUGAUCUGCUGAUGAUGGUUAACUGUGUGGAGUUUCAGGUGGCUUUCCAAAAACUCUUUCCUGACUCUGAACAGUGGAAGUUUACUGAUUUGGAGGAAGACGAUGAAAUCCUCUACGACUCGAACUUCCUGAGUUGGUUUGCAGUGCUGCAAAUGACCACAGAUACCCAAGUGGAUCCUGUGCCUUGGAUAAAGAGUACAGUGCUUGCAAAGGGAUGCUCAGUCCUGGCGUGUGGAUCUCCAUUCGGUUCCUUCUGUCCAGAUCUGUUCAUGAGCACACUGAGCAAAGGCAUCGUGAGCAAUCUAGCCGGAGAGGAGAAUGCCUUGAUUUUGACAGAUGCCCGCUGUCUGCCUGGCACUCAGGGAGGAGGUCUCUUUGUUAGUGAUGGAGACGUGUCAUAUCUUGUGGGUUUAAUCACAUCACCACUGUGCUGGAAGUCGAAUGAAUGGAUUGGGCUGACCUUAGUGUGUUCUCUGCAUUUAAUUGUGAAGAACAUAUUGCAGGCUGUAACAUGUCAGCAGUCACUGAAAGAAAUAUCAAUAUCAACACACUCAAUUACUGAUAUCUGUCAUGUCCCAGCACAAGAAAACUCGGAUAAUGAAAUGUACCCCAUGGUGGUUGUGGUUGAAGGUGGACAAGUUUGGGGAUCUGGGAUUGUGUUAAAUCCUCGUUUAGUGUUAACUUGCAGGCACGUUGUGAAUGGGAGACAAUCUCUGAAAGUCACACUCAACACUAGUCAAAGAGCUCAGACCGUGAGUAGCACAGUGCUGUAUUCUACAAAGGAAACUUCUCCUUAUGAUGUUGCCAUUGUGCAGCUUCACGAGUCUUUCUCUCACGUCAUGGUGCCACAGAUAACCACCGGUUUUUUGCCUGGUGAGGAUGUGCUUGUACUGGGUUAUGGAGCUUUAGGAAAGACCUGUGGGCCCUCACUGACCUCAGGAAUACUGUCCAGAGUUGUCCAACUGCAAAACAAGCCAGUUAUGCUGCAGACAACGUGUGCAGUGAAUUGCGGAGCCAGUGGUGGGGCUGUUGUCCGUGCCAAAACGGGCGAGUUGUUAGGUAUUGUGUCCAGUAAUACGAGAGACUUUGCAGCUAAGGUUACCUAUCCCCAUUUAAACUUCAGCAUCCCAGUUUCCGUGCUGGAGCCCCUUCUGGGUCGCUUUGCACAGACGCAAGACCCUGCUGUCUUUCAGGAGUUGGACAGUGCAGACGAUGAGGUUAGGAGAGUGUGGAGACUUCAGAUUCCUCAAAGCAAGCUGUAAAUAUGUCCCACUGCUUUCACUGAGAUAGAAAAUGUGAGUGACAUUACCAUGCACAUACCAUUGUUUCCUACAUUCCCACAGUGGCAUUAACCAACAGACUGUUCCACUUUUGAUUGCUGAAGGUUCAGUCUACUGGAAGAAUAGAAAGAAAAGGAAAAUGAAUUUUAAAGGUCAUUGAUCGCUGGUUAUUUUGUCUUUGAGUAAACAGAACUUAUACGACUUAAUUCUCUGUGGACAUCAAAUGUAAUUAUAAUUGAUUACUAUAAAGACUAAUAUAAGCAAUUGUGUAUAUUGCUAGGAAACUUUUUUAAAGCAAUUUCACUUUUAUGGAUUCAUAAAAUGAAUGACUAUAUUGUGUUUUGAUGAUCCUUUAGGAUUUUUAACUGAAGACACUGAAGCUAAAUUUUCGUCUGCUGUUCUGCCAUAUCGUGUGGUCAACCAUACGACUAGUGCCUUACUACAACUAUGUCAAAUAAUCAAUUAUUUCUGAAACUAUAAUGGCUUGUCUUGUUGUACAGUGACUCUAUAUUAAGCCAGCCAUGAACUAGAUGUCAGAUUUGAAGUAUUGAAAAUGGGAAUGGCCUUAAGUGGUCUUCAUGCAUACUGCUGUCAGUAUUACUUGGGCUUAGGAGACUCAAACACUGACUGAAACGAAGUAAAUCUGGGGAAUGGAAAGCCUGAUUAGAAAACAAAUAAAGCCUGAAGCAGUUGUUGUUAGACUGGAGACACAAAUCAUGGACUAUUACUUCUGCUUUCACGAUUUCCCCUAGCCACACAGCUUAUUCUCUAUGAAGUCUAACUGGUGGAAGUGCUCAUUUACUUGACUGGAAAAGUCUUUCAAUUCUGACAUGUUGCAUUUCACUUUCACAAUGUGAUUGUGCCUCAAUAAAACACCGAUUAUUUAUCACUGUUCCUUUUCUUU